GAUCUUUUGAUAAUAGCUCGUGCACUGGUGUGCGUGGGUUGCGGUUCAUUCAAGCCCCUAUAAAAGAGCCGUUCAUUCACGACGAGCGCCACAAAGUGUUAACGAGAAGCUGCCGCCGGAUCCGCCAGGUGGAAAAGUACCCGGCACCUGUACAGGAGAUACACCCCGACCAAUGUUAGGAAAUCGAUAGAAUUAGAAAACGACCAAAAUGCAGUCAAUGAAAGCCGAUGAACUGCCGGAGAAUCCGCGCGAGACGUCGAACAUCUUCUCAUCCUUGAUGUUCUGCUUUGCCAUGCCCACAUUCUUUAAGGGGCGCAAAAAGACCCUCGACGAAAAUGAUUUAUACCGGGCCUUACAGGAGCACAAAUCAGAUCGCCUGGGCAGCAAGCUGAGCGAGGCGUGGGAGAAGGAGGUUGAGAAGAAGCGCAAAAAGAAGAAGACCCCCAGUCUGCUGAAGGCCUCGAUGAGCGUGUUUGGAUGGCGCCUGGCCGGUCUAGGCCUGGUACUCUUCAUCUUGGAGAUCGGUUUCCGAGUUACCCAACCGCUGUUCCUGGGCGGUCUGGUGGCCUACUAUGCGGACGCGAGCAACCUGGAGAGCGACAACCAGACGAAGGCAUAUCUCUACGCCCUGGGCGUGAUCUUGACGAGCGCCUGCAACGUGCUCUUCAUGCAUCCCUACAUGCUGGGCAUGUUCCACGUCGGUAUGAAGGCCAGAAUAGCCAUGACAAGCAUGAUAUAUCGGAAGGCGCUGCGCUUGAGUCGAGUGGCGCUGGGCGAUACCACAACUGGUCAGGUGGUCAAUCUCAUCUCGAACGAUGUGGGCCGGCUGGAUCUUUCCGUCAUUCACAUGAAUUAUUUAUGGCUGGGUCCCGUGGAGAUUGGCAUUAUCACUUAUCUUAUGUACAGGGAGAUUGGGAUCUCCGCCUUCUUUGGUGUGGCCGUGAUGUUGCUGUUCAUUCCCCUGCAAGCUUAUCUGGGCAAGAAGACUUCGGUGCUGCGAUUGAAAACGGCUCUGCGAACGGAUGAACGGGUGCGCAUGAUGAACGAGAUCAUCUCGGGCAUCCAGGUGAUCAAGAUGUAUGCCUGGGAGAUCCCCUUCAGCAAGAUGAUUAACUAUGUGCGCACCAAGGAGAUGAACGCCAUCCGCAAUGUGAACUACAUUCGAGGCACUCUGCAGAGUUUCAUCAUGUUCGUGACGAGGAUAUCGGUGUUUGUGAGCUUGGUGGGAUUCGUGCUGCUGGGAAAACUCUUAACUGCCGAGAAGGCCUUCGUGAUCACCGCGUACUACAACAUCCUGCGUAACACCAUGACCGUCUACUUCCCCAUGGGCAUCUCACAGUUCGCCGAGCUCCUGGUCUCGAUCCGCCGUAUUCAGACCUUCAUGCUGCACGAGGAGACGAAGGUGCGCGACAAGUCGGAGGAUCUGGACGAGCAGAAGCUGGGCAAGGCGGGUCUGAUCACCGAUCCCGCUGUGGCCCAGACCACUGGUGUCCUGAAGCCCAACAGUCGGCGCACCAGCGAAGCGGAGCACAGCAUCAACAUCAGCAAACUGAAGGCCAAGUGGGAUCAGAAGAGCACGGACUACACGCUGGACAACAUUUCGCUGAAGUUCAAGCCUCGCCAGCUGGUGGCGGUCAUUGGGCCAGUGGGUUCCGGCAAAUCCAGUUUGAUUCAGGCUGUGCUGGGUGAACUGAAUCCGGAUUCGGGAUCGGUUAAGGUCAAUGGUACCCUCUCGUACGCCUCCCAGGAGCCGUGGCUCUUCACCGGCACUGUGCGUCAGAACAUUCUCUUUGGACUGCCCAUGGACAAGCAUCGCUACCGCACGGUGGUGAAGAAGUGCGCCCUAGAGCGGGAUUUCGAGCUGCUCCCUUAUGCGGACAAGACGAUUGUGGGCGAGAGAGGAGCCUCUCUGUCCGGUGGACAAAAGGCGCGCAUCAGUUUGGCCAGGGCUGUUUACCGGAAGGCGAACAUCUAUCUGCUGGAUGAUCCCCUCAGUGCCGUGGACACCCAUGUUGGACGUCAUCUGUUUGAUCAGUGCAUGCGCGGAUUCCUGCGGGAGGAGAUCGUACUGCUGGUGACCCAUCAACUGCAGUUCCUGGAACAGGCCGACGUUAUUGUGAUUAUGGACAAGGGUAAGAUCAGCGCCAUGGGCACCUACGAGUCCAUGGCCAAGAGUGGCCUGGACUUUGCCCAGAUGCUGACGGAUCCCAGCAAGAAGGACGAGGGUGCCGGCGAUGCGCCGGAGAAGAAGAGUCUGUCGCGGCAGAACAGCAAACUGCGCGACCGACAUGGCAGCAUCUCCUCCAUGGAAUCCACCGCCGAGUCCCUGGCAGCGGAGUCGCCCAUGCAGACGCAGGAGGGUCGCGUGGAGGGACGCAUCGGCCUGAAGCUCUACAAGAAGUACUUUGGUGCGAAUGGCUAUGGACUGUUUAUCGUGUUUGCCUUCUUCUGCAUUGGUGCCCAGGUGCUGGGCUCUGGUGGUGAUAUCUUCUUGUCCUACUGGGUGAACAAGAAUGGUGAAGCAGAGCGAGACACAUUUAUGGCCCGCCUGAGACGCGCCUUCCCCGAAACCCGCAUCAAUGCCGAUACUGACCCCAUAGACAUCUACUACUUCACCGGCAUCAACGUGUCCGUGAUCAUCUUCUCGCUGGUGCGGAGCAUGCUUUUCUUUUACCUAGCCAUGCGCAGCUCCACGACGCUGCACAACACCAUGUUCCAAGGUGUGACCCGGGCGGCGAUGCACUUCUUCAACACGAACCCCUCCGGUCGCAUCCUCAACCGCUUCUCCAAGGAUUUGGGUCAGGUGGAUGAGAUUCUGCCCUCCGUGAUGAUGGACGUAAUGCAGAUCUUCCUCGCCAUCCUGGGUAUCGUGGUCGUCCUGUGCAUCGUCAACGUUUGGUACAUCCUGGCCACGUUUUUCCUAGUGGUAGUCUUCUACUUCCUACGUGUCUUCUAUCUGAGCACAUCCCGAGAUGUUAAGCGUCUCGAAGCUGUCACCCGAUCACCCAUUUACUCCCACCUGAGUGCUUCCCUUAACGGCCUGGCCACCAUCCGAGCAUUUGGAGCGCAGAAGGAACUGAUUGCCGAGUUCGACAACUACCAGGAUAUGCACAGUUCGGGUUACUACAUGUUCCUGGCCACGAGUCGAGCCUUUGGCUACUGGCUGGACUGUGUGUGUGUCGUCUACAUCGCUGUCAUCACACUGAGCUUCUUCCUGUUCUCCCCGGAGAACGGAGGCGAUGUGGGUCUGGCCAUUACCCAGGCGAUGGGUAUGACCGGUAUGGUGCAGUGGGGAAUGCGGCAGUCGGCAGAGCUGGAGAACACGAUGACGGCGGUGGAACGAGUGGUAGAGUAUGAGGAUCUGGAGCCGGAGGGUGACUUUGAGUCCAAGCCGAACAAGAAGCCGCCAAAGGAUUGGCCAGAGGAUGGCAAGAUCGUGUUCGACGACCUGUCGCUGAAGUACUUCCCCGACAAGGCAGCCGACUAUGUACUCCGAUCCCUGAACAUUGCCAUCGAGGGCUGCGAGAAGGUGGGCAUUGUGGGACGGACUGGUGCCGGCAAAUCCUCGCUGAUCAACGCUCUGUUCCGGCUGUCCUAUAACGAGGGAGCCAUCCUGAUCGACAGUCGCGACACCAACGAUUUGGGACUGCACGAUCUGCGCAGCAAGAUCUCCAUUAUUCCCCAGGAACCGGUGCUCUUCUCGGGCACAAUGCGCUACAAUCUGGAUCCCUUUGAUGAGUAUAGCGACGCCAAGCUGUGGGAAUCCCUGGAGGAGGUUAAGCUCAAGCAUGUGGUGGCGGAUCUGCCCAGUGGUUUGCAGAGCAAGAUAUCCGAGGGUGGUACCAACUUCAGCGUGGGCCAGCGCCAACUGGUGUGCCUGGCCAGGGCCAUUCUCCGAGAGAAUCGCAUUCUGGUAAUGGACGAGGCAACGGCUAACGUGGAUCCACAAACAGAUGCUCUCAUCCAGACGACGAUUAGGAACAAGUUCAAGGACUGCACGGUGCUCACAAUUGCCCAUCGUUUGCACACGGUUAUGGAUUCGGACAAGGUGCUGGUCAUGGAUGCAGGAAAGGCGGUGGAGUUUGGUUCUCCAUUCGAGUUACUCACCACCAGUGAGAAGAAGGUGUUCCACAGCAUGGUGAAGCAGACAGGAGACUCGACAUUCGAUGCCCUGCUGAAGGUUGCACAGAAGGCCCAUGAUGACAACCUAAGACUCAAGAAGGAUUCUUGACAUUUCGCCGUUCCGAAGGCUUUCAAAGACUACAUACUUAAGAUACUGGAACCAAUUACGAAUCAUCCGGCGGCCAACGCGGGCAUUCAGAAGACCUUCCUCUUCGCGGAGGCCUCCAAGCAGAAGUUAUUAGGAUAGCACAGCAUCAGCGGCACCAGCAGACACCAUCACUGAGCGGCCGCUGAGGAAUUUUUUUACAAUACGUGUACAAAUCAAAUUAAUUGUUAGUCAGGUGUAUAAAACUAGAUGAAACUGAUGGUAAAUCAAAAAACAGCAAGACAAUAAGCUGAUGUUAGUGGAGCGUAGAGAGUAAAUGUUUUUAUACCUAAAAAACAAAGAUUGAUAUGAAAUGCAAAUUGUGCAAUAAUUAAUUUUAGCUGAACUUUGUGCAUUGGCCUUCAAAAGGUCGCAUUGCAUUUGUAUUAUGUGUUCCAGUAAAACGACAAUAACAACCUUAAACAAAAAUGAAAAAUCCCAAAAGAGGAAAAACAAAAAGAGAAUUCUAUGAAAUGUUACGCCUAGUAUUAAUAUAUAUGUGUGUUUUUUAUAGUAAUUUAUUAUUGUACAGGUAUACAAUAAAUGUAACAGCUCGGUUGGUUCUUUUGUUAAAACGUU